GCUCCCACAUUGAUGCGGCGUACGUACGACUGUGGGGUCCGCUCGGCUCGGAGUCAGUGAGAGCCUCAAUUGCCUUGACCCAGAUAGCGAGACGCGAGACAAGCAGCAUGAACGGCUUGACAUCGAAAUUGAUGAGUACUUUGUUAAAGCUUUUAUCUGUUGUACGGCUUUCGGCCGAGAGGUCUACGCGUCACUGCCGAAGAAAAAACGCCGAUGAUCCAUGACCGACCGCAUUGAUGAAAGGAAUAGUGGUUUGCCGCUGCCCAAUACAGAGGAAUAUAAUGAAUGUAUCUUCGUGCGAAGCGAACGAUCCAAGCUGCUUGCGACAGCCAACGCUUUGAAAUUGACCUCUGUACAAUGGAUGAGCUUUUUCGGAUGUAAGACUGGUAGUUCUAUAAAAUGUGAACAGCUUGCAAUAUCUAGGCGAAGGAGUUGCCCCCCUUUGACGCCAGCGCAGCAAAACUCGAGCCGGAUGAUCCUCUCAAGCUGGACCCACCUGAUCGGCUUCAUCGCCGCCGAAGCUGGAAGUGAGUACUAUAGGGAGCCAGCAUCGAAGACGCAAGACAUCGGGCUGGCAUACUACUCGAAGUAUGCAAUCAAAGCCCACAUCCUCUUGCCGCAGCCGACAAUCUCAAAACCCAUCGCGUUUCUUGCCUCCUGUGCACAGGGCCGCACGACACACGGUCAGCGCAUCGUUGCGCGCCUGCUGAUACCUUGGAGUCGCGAGCAGAUCGGUACGACCCGUGCUGUGAGCACCACCUUUGUGCAACCGCCCGAAGAAGCCAAGGCGCCCAAGGAGCAAUAGCGCGCGAACCACGAAGCAAUCCCGAUCAUGUUCUAUAAGCCCCUCUCCACGUUUUCCUGGCUGUAGGACAUCGACGUUGUGCCCCGUGCCGCACCUCGCAAAAGGAGGGCGAUGAGACCGACAACAAAGCGGAGCUCAUUGUGGUUAUGUGAAAGGAUGUCGUUUGACCAGUC